CGCCGUUGCGUUGCCAAAACGUCUGAUGAGCCCGACGGUGUCAGGAAGCAGCGCCGCUUAUUGCAUAUUUUGUAGCGAUAAAGACGGAGGCAGCAGCGGAUUUUUUUCGGCUGGGGACACAAAUGAAGACAGUGAAAUAUUUUUAAAUUAUUUCAGGUUCGGUUGUCGCCGCCGUCAGAGGACUUUGGUUAUGAUUUGGCGUUGAUAUUGGUGAUGUUUACUGGUCGGUUGCUCUGAGGGGUAGCCACUAACUGGAGCCUCUAGCCUUCAGCUGCCUAAAUAUUAGGCAAAUAACACAUUUCAUUUCUUCUACUGGGUCGUGGGCUGGCGCCGAGCCAAUUUUUGACUCUGGAGCAGGACACGGAGGAUAGUAUGGCCAUGACGGGAGGGACUGCAGCCGCCCUUCCCAUGAGCAACCACACCCGAGAGAGGGUGACCGUGGCCAAGCUGACUCUGGAAAACUUCUACAGCACUCUGCUCACACAGCAUGAGGAGCGAGAGAUGAGGCAGAAGAAGCUGGAGAAGGCCAUGGAAGAGGAGGGUUUGCCAGAUGAGGAGAAAGUAAUGCGGCGCUCUCAGCAUGCCCGUAAGGAGACGGAGUUUUUGCGACUGAAGAGGACGCGACUGGGUUUGGAUGACUUUGAGUCUCUUAAGGUCAUCGGGCGAGGAGCUUUUGGAGAGGUCCGGUUGGUACAGAAGAAAGACACAGGGCACAUUUAUGCCAUGAAGAUAUUGAGGAAAGCAGACAUGCUGGAGAAAGAACAGGUUGCUCAUAUCCGAGCAGAGAGGGAUAUUCUGGUGGAGGCAGAUGGUGCCUGGGUGGUCAAGAUGUUCUACAGCUUCCAGGACAAGAGGAACCUCUACCUCAUCAUGGAGUUCCUGCCUGGAGGCGACAUGAUGACGCUGCUGAUGAAGAAGGACACUCUGUCUGAAGAGGCCACGCAGUUCUACAUCGCAGAGACGGUUCUGGCCAUCGACUCCAUCCACCAGCUGGGCUUCAUCCACAGAGACAUCAAACCAGACAACCUGCUGCUGGACUCCAGAGGACACGUGAAACUGUCAGAUUUUGGCCUUUGUACGGGACUCAAGAAGGCUCAUCGGACUGAGUUUUACAGGAACCUGACGCACAACCCGCCCAGCGAUUUCUCCUUUCAAAAUAUGAACUCCAAGAGGAAAGCAGAAACCUGGAAGAAGAACCGGAGGCAGCUGGCUUACUCCACUGUGGGGACUCCAGACUACAUCGCCCCUGAAGUUUUCAUGCAGACGGGAUACAACAAGCUGUGUGACUGGUGGUCUCUGGGUGUGAUCAUGUAUGAAAUGCUCAUCGGUUACCCACCUUUCUGCUCGGAGACGCCGCAGGAGACGUACAGGAAGGUUAUGAACUGGAAGGAAACUCUUGUCUUCCCACCUGAAGUCCCCAUAUCAGAGAGGGCCAAAGACUUGAUACUAAGGUAUUGCACAGAUGCUGAGAACAGGAUCGGAGCUGUGAGCGUGGAGGAGAUCAAGAGUCAUCCGUUCUUUGAGUCGGUGGACUGGGAGCACAUCAGGGAGCGGCCAGCCGCCAUCUCCAUUGAAAUCAAGAGCAUCGACGACACCUCAAACUUUGACGACUUCCCUGAAUCAGACAUCCUCCAGCCAGCCAACGCGACGGAGCCAGACUUCAAAUCGAAGGACUGGGUGUUCCUCAACUACACGUACAAACGCUUCGAGGGUCUGACUCAGCGAGGCACCAUCCCCACAUACAUGAAGGCAGGGAAGGCCUGACACGCUCACACGGGGAGGCAGCGUCACGGAGAAACACACGGACGUUUACGGACACAGGGUCGGGCCCCGGAGCCCCGCUGGUGCUGAAGGCUGCGCCGUCAGCCUCUCAGUCUAAAUUUAACCCUCAUCACAAGUUAUUUAGGUCUGCUCAGCCGCCGCAAGAACGCCAAGAGCUCGGAAAUUAAGGAGCGUUACCGCAUUACCUCGGUUGUUUAUAUCGUGUACACGUGCCGUUUUUAGCCAUAGCUCUCAGGCCAGCUCACUAACUAGGACACUACAUCAGCAUAUCUGCAUGUUCAGCGGCAUAUUGCUUCUGGAGAUGAUUUUUUUACAGCCUAACGGUGACGGUGGGAAUGAGGCUCGAAUACAAAUCACUGCUUUGACAUCUUCACAUCUAUAGUUUCUACACUGGUGGCUAAAACGGCUCAGAUGCAAACUGAAUCUCUGCUAUAGAAGACAAGCUCUAUACGCUGCAGUCAGACUCCGGAUACAAACAGGAACGCCUCAGUUGCAGUAACUCUUAUUCUACUACUUUAAAGAAAGUCCCAGCAUGACUUUGAGUGUUUUUGUUCACUUUCUGCUGCGUAUUUAAGACUGCAGCCAUUUAUAUUUAAAUUGUGAAGGAAAAAACAGAUUUCUUUUAGUUUUAAGCAACUUGUUUUCAUAUGUUAUGUCAAGGGCAAAAACUACUGGAGAUACAGCUGGGGAAGGUUCUUUUUAGCAAAAUGCAACUUAGCAACGUGCCCAUGGAUCCCACUGAAAAAAUAGUUGACAUCAAGACUACUCAAAUGUUUAGAAUGCUGAGGUACUAAUCCCACAGUUUUAGGCUAGUCUUACUGUAUAGACGCUGAUAUGGAAUUACUAUCAUCGUGACUUUAUUGGAAGAGACCAGGAUGUGUAUUCAGACAUGAAGACGACAUGUUCAGAUGCUGUCAGAUAAACAGAAUGGAGCACAUUUUGUCUUCAUCUUCUGUCCACAUAAGCAGCUGACAUGAAAGAAUAACUAUAAUUCUUGAUGAUUUCGCUACAGUUUUUUUUUUCGUAGAAGAAAAUUUUGCUUCCUCUUCUGCUUCAAGGUUUCCUAGCUGUUAGCUCAGUUAGCAACUGUUUUAAUUUCCAGCUCCUUCUACGGUUUAUUACACCCAACCUCUACAUUCUGUCGACACAAUGCAGCCUCAUUUAUUUGCUCCAUUGUAGUAAAUGGAGACACAUUUUCUCUUUUUUUAAAAUUCUGGUGUUUGCAACCUUUCAAAAGUUUGCCUAACAGAUAUGAAAACAUGGCCACUGUAGAACUAUUAGCAUACCAAUAUUAGCAUUUAGCUUCUAUUUAAAGCCUCAAAGAACCUCUGGUAUAGCUUUAUACUCCAAUUUACUUUAUUAGUAUGAUUCUACAAAAACAGCUCAGUCAGAACAGGUUAUCCUGAUUGUUUUUUUGCUCAUAGCAAUGAUUGAGGCUGAACUGAAAGUCUUUUGGCUGCUUGGCACUGGUUUCAAGUGACUUCUCUCAAAGUUUUAACUGCAUCAAAGGAUCGAAAAUAUACAACAAACGAGCAAAGACUCAAAUCAUGCUGGAAUCCUUCUUUAAUCCUCAUGCUAGUGAUACACAGCACGUCUUUGUGGAGGCUCAGUGGGCUUUUCUCACUGAGGAACAACUAGUUGCCAGGAAACAUGUGAAAGCUGUUUACCCUGUGCUUGACAUCCGUUACUGCAGAGUGUUGCCCGUUCACAUUGCCAAACAAACUGCUGAGUGCGCCCCUUCCCUCCAGAGCCGCUUGUUUUGUUCAGAUCAGCGCUACAGUAAUCGAUAUUUCCCCUCAUUCUAAUUCUAAUCAGUCCCAAUUACUUUCUUCUUAGAUGGACAAAACAUGCAAAGUGCCUUUUAAAAAUAGUUAAUGAAUAUUUAACCAGAUACUUAGCUGUAUUUUAGCAGAGAUUAGUCAGAAGGCAUUCGUUAAAAUUAGAUUUAAAACACAAAAGCUGUUUGACUGAGGGAAGUAGCAGCAGGGUAAGUUAUAAGAAAACCAGGAAGGGAAAAGCUUCAUGGGUAAACUAAAAUAAAUAUAAAGAUGUGAUGUGCCAGUUAUAUUUAAUGUCUGCAGAGCAGUAAAGCAUAUGUGAAGUAAUAAAGGUGAUAAAAGAGCAAAGAAACAAAGGCAGUAAAGGACAGCAGGUGUUUAUAGGGUAGAUACUGGACCGAGAGGCUCAUAAAAAGGUAAUGUGUCAGAGAAAACACAAUGAACAGUCUGUCUUUGUCAAGGAAAGGUGAACGUAAAUUAGAAACUACAUAAAAGUAGAUGAGCAUGGUGGAUCUCUUAGAGGUGUGUUUCCUUCGUCUCAAGUUCCCUCAUUAUUUGUUCAUUUUCAAUCCACUGGAUGUAUUUAAUGUCUUUGUUUCUCCAAAGAAGGAGAAGCUUCAUGUAAUUUGAGGCCUGUUUUUCUCAGCAAAUCAAACCGUUUAACCAACAUCAGAGUUGUGACCGGGCACAGAAGAGUUACCAAAGAACUCUGAUCAUCACACGUCGUGAUCUGUACACAAAUUUAGAUGUAGCUGUCGCUUACUGCACUUAACUUCAAACUACCUUACAAGAAAACACCUUUCCAAGAGAGCUAACGUUGGCUAUGGAAUAAUUUGCCAUUUCUAUUUCUACACUUGUGAGAAAAUGAGAGCGCAUGGACGGAUGUUUCUCAGUUAGGAUGUCUGUGAAGUGUUGGGUUAUAAAUGUACAUACAGGAAACUUACUGUACCACAGGUAAGCUGUAGCCGUCACAGGAAUCCCAUGUUCAACUGCUUGUGGUGCUAUUUCUGAGGAAUUUAUUGGGAAAGUAAGCGGUCUAGCAGUUUGAUUAGAGUGAGUCUCUUCUCUUUUAUUUUACCUGCUUAUUUCAUUCACAUAGUCCUGCUGAAAAUCAAGACUGACAAAACGUACAAACUAUGUUUGACUGAUGAGAGAUUUUGAAGGCAGAUAUGUGUAUAUUUUUGUAUUAUUUAUUAUUUUCAUGUUUUCUGUGAAGGUGUUGAUCAAUUGGAUUUUUGCCAAUGUUUACUCUAUUUAAAUUGGAUGAUUUUCAUGUUAUUUCUUUGACCUAACAUUUAAAGGGGCACUCCAGCUUUUGUCUAAAGUGAAGAAACUAAAGAAACUUGAUGCAGCAGAUGCCAAGAUAUCUUGACUUCCUGUCCCUAUGGAUAAUGUUCUAAAACCAGUGAAGCCCACGUCUCACAGUGCAGCUUGAUAGUGGUUUUCAGUGCGUUCUUUCCAUCUGCUCAUGUCUUCAAAACUCCACACCCAUUUUUAAAGCUUUCUGUUCACUAUUUGUGUUCACUUUGACAUCAUCUGGGUGACUUUUUUUUUGCUCCCUCCAUAGCAGACAUCAUAGGACUGUAUUCACAAGAGCCUGACUGAAAAAUUUGGGGUCACUUAGAAAUGUCUUUAUUUUUUGAAAGAAAAGUAGCUUUUUUUAUAUCAGGAUAACAUUAAAUUAAUCAGAAAUACAGUCUAAACAUUGUUAAUGUGGUAAAUGACUAUUCCACUCAUGGAAAACAUGGAAUUGUCUGGGUGACCCCAAACCUUUGAGCAGUAGUGUAUAAAUAUAAAAAAACAACAUAAUGCAUAAAGAGAUGUUUAGGAUCAUUUGGAAAUGGUUUCAUCAUAUAGUUUGUCCAGCAAAACAGUUCAAGCUCCAUUCUUUAAAAAUUAUCAGCACUGUCUGCAGCACAUGUAGCAGAGUUUAACAGAUGGUGGUGGAGUCAAGCUUUGUCCACUCAUUAAAUGAAUAACUAGUUUAUGAAAUGCACUGCUUGAAAGUUAAUAAACAAUGACCCCCAUCAUUUCUCCUUUUUCCUCCAACAUACUGAACAUUAUUGCUCAAAAGUUUGGGGUCACUUAGAAAUGUCCUUAUUUUUGUCCUUUAUUUUUAAAUUAACAUUAAAUGAAUGAUAAAUCCAGUCUAGACAUUGUUAAUGUGGUAAAUGAUUAUUCUAGCUGGAAACAGCUGAUUUUUAAUGGAAUAUCUCCAUAGGGGUACAGAGGAACAUUUCCAGUAACCAUCACUCCUGUGUUCUAAUGCUACAUUGUGUUAGCUAAUGGUGUUGGAAGGCUCACUGAUGAUUAGAAAACCCUUGUGCAGUUAUGUUAGCACAUGAAUAAAAGUGUGAGUUUUCAUGGAAAACAUGAAAUUUCCUGGGUGACCCCAAACUUUUGAACAGUAGUAUAUAUAUUACACAUAAUCGGCAGAUGUAGUAAUAUCUAAAAUUUUUACUCCCUAAAAGCUGGUGUAGAUCAGACUGAGCAAAACUCUCAUGACAAGUAAACUGAACUUGAUUUGUUCUUUUUGGUGGAGUGCCCCUUUAACCAGGGACAGAAAAUGCCUUGAAACUUAAGCCGAUCAGUCUUCAUCAUAUCAGACAGACACCGUUAACUAAUAUUCUUUAAUUCAAAUGUAUGGGUCUAAUCCAAGUACAAAUGUAAUCAAAACUAAGACCGGGUUGCAACAAGGCCUCACUGGAGGACAGUAGCAGGACAGAUGCAUGAUGGGAGUUUUAGCUGACGGCUACCACUGCAGUUUCCCGGCUGUGUCUAAUCACUGGAACACACAGAUGCAGCCUGGAAAAAGCUCAGCUGCUGUAUUCCUCACUUCAGAUGGUCCAUGGAAAACUCGUGUGACUGAGUGUGAGUGUGUAACUGCAAAAAACGACGUUUUCACCAAGUAGAUAUCCAGCGCUUUUUGUUGUGAGGUGAUGUGUCACCACGUUCAAUGUCAAACUCAUGUUUUGUUUCGUAAUGGAAAAAUUACCACACUUAUUGUUUCUUCAUCAGAAGUAGAUGGAAAUGGAGGGCAAACUACUGUGUUUGGGAUCCUUACUAUUCUCUCUCUAUAUUUAAGAUAACUUGAAAUCCAUUACUGUGUCACUUUAUCUAAAGGGAGUUAAAUUAUUGUGACUUCAAUUUUCCACGAGGUGGAGGAGAGUUCAGGAGAGGUUUCACUUUGAUCAUGUGUGACUAAACCAGACAAUUCAUUUGUGAAGGACCAAACCAGCUCAGCCUGUGUGUUGUUAGGCAGAUCACUGUCACAUAAUGUUUCACCAUAAAUGAAAUAUUAUGCAUUAACUCAGAGAGCAGGGAAAAGUGUAUAUAUCCUGUUAAAAAAUUAAUAUUCUGGUGUUAGACGCCUUCAAAAUGCUAGUAAUUUGGCUAAUCCAAAUUAAUUCCCCCCCUGUCAAAGUCUCCUCGUGAACUUCUUAAGGUUGUCAAACUGCCCUCUGCAGGCCAGGACUAUGUUGUGAGGUAUUUUGUGUAAUGAUGUGUACAUAGUGUUGUAGACACUCGAAGGCAACUGUCUGUGGAGUGAAGGAGGAAAUGCUCAUUAAUAUAUUCAUUCACGUUGGUGAGUUUUUAUGUUGAUAAAAUGCUUCAAAUAAUAAAAUUAAACACUUCCAA